AAGUGUGUGUGUGUGGUGGGGGAGAGGCUCUGAAUGCACCUGCCUGGUGCUGACGAGAAGGGCUUGGCCAGGGGACGAGCCCCGGAGGAGAGAGGAAUGCAGCAGGGGGCGGAUUGGGUUAAAGGUUUGCGCACCGCCGCCCCAAGUUCGGCCUCUAGGAACGGAAAGCGAAACUGAGACCUUUCCUGCGGCGGCGAUCACACGCGCCCAAUGCUCAUCAUCCCGACCCCCGCUAAAAGCCGCUGCGGCUCCAGGGCGCUCCGCAGACCGCCGCCGCAGAAGCCGCCAUGCAGUCGCCUCGCCAGUUGCUCCGCCUCCUUCUCCGAGCGCUACAGGCCGUUUGGAGUAGCCUGGCUCCCAGCUGCCUCUGGCUCUGGGGGGCGCCCAGCCACAGGAUCGCCGCCGCCGCCGCCUCGAGCAGAGCCCCCUCGGCAGGAUCCGCUCCGCCGCCGCCGGUGCCGGUCAGCGUCAACUACCACUUCACCCGCCAGUGCAACUACAAGUGCGGCUUCUGCUUCCACACGGCCAAGAGCUCCUUCGUGUUGCCCCUGGAGGAAGCCAAGGAAGGGCUCCGCUUGCUCAAGGAGGCGGGUAUGGAGAAAAUAAACUUUUCUGGAGGAGAGCCAUUUCUACCCGAGAGAGGAGAAUUUGUGGGGAAGCUGGUCCAGUUUUGCAAGCAGGACCUAAAGCUGCCGAGUGUGAGCAUUGUGAGCAAUGGAAGCAUGAUUAAAGAAAGAUGGUUCAAACGUUAUGGUGAAUAUCUCGACAUUCUUGCCAUUUCUUGUGAUAGUUUCAAUGAGGAAGUCAAUGUUCUAAUUGGCCGUGGGCAAGGAAAAAAGAACCACAUUGAAAAUCUCCAAAAACUGAAAAAGUGGUGCCAAGAUUACAGUGUGGCUUUCAAAAUAAACUCUGUGGUUAACAGAUUCAACAUAGAAGAAGAUAUGAAUGAGCAGAUUAAAGCUCUAAAUCCUAUCCGCUGGAAGGUAUUUCAGUGCCUGCUCAUUGAAGGGGAAAAUGCAGGGGAAGAUGCUCUGAGAGAAGCAGAAAGAUUUGUGAUCAGUGAUGAAGAUUUUGAACAGUUCCUACAUCGUCAUAAAGACAUCUCGUGCUUAGUGCCUGAAUCUAAUCAAAAAAUGAGAGAUUCGUACUUAAUUCUGGAUGAAUAUAUGCGUUUUCUGAACUGUGUAAAUGGCCGGAAAGAGCCUUCCAGAUCUAUCCUGGAUGUAGGUGUAGAAGAUGCAAUAAAAUUCAGCGGAUUUGAUGAAAAGAUGUUUUUCAAGCGAGGAGGCAAAUAUGUAUGGAGCAAAGCAGAUAUGGCACUGGAAUGGUGACCAAGUGUAUUUAUUCACUGCAAAUACAAUGAAAUCAUGAAUAGUACUGAUUUUACACUACUCUUGAGAGAAAGAUGCUUAAC